AUGUCUGGGCCUUUUGAGCAAUACAGUACAGCCCUGGCUGAGACCUUCAUUAUGCCAAUGAGCCUGCUGCCCUCUACCCUUUGGGAUGUCAGUGUCCGGAUUCCUUUGGUUGAGGCGGGUGAGAGGUCUUGCUUGGGAAGGUUCUUCACAGGACAUCCAGAGAGUAAGCAGUAUUUCAAGACCAUUCCGACUGAGGGUGACCUGAUGAUGAUCCCAGAAGUGGGCUUCCACGGCCGGAGAGUUAUGGUGACCCUGAACCAGUUAAUUCAAAGCAUGGGUCACUGGAAGCAGGCCUGCAAGCUCAUUGAGCGGCUGGUGGACAGCCAUAAGAACACUCACAAGAUCCCAGCAGCAAUGUUCCAGUUCCUGUUUCAGGCCAUUCUCUGUGUCUUCCAAGACCUCCUGAGAGAGGAGUUUACUGAUGACGCCCAGCUAGCCUGGGAGAAGUUCUUUGUGGUUCUUCAGGAAGAAAUUGAAGCUGCUUAUGCAUGGGAACAGAAGCCUUAA